AUUGUUUCAGACAUCAGUGAAUUGUCCUCUGAACCAAGAAUUAAAGGAACCUUAGCGAAAGAAAUAAAGAGCAUUUUCAAAAAAUAACGUUUUCAAAAAAAAAAAAAAAAAUCAGAAAAUUAAAGAUCGUAAAGUACGAGCAAUUUCUACCGAAAUGUUUCGAAUUGGUAGUUUUGUUGUUGUGGCGUGGAUGGUUUCGAUUUCCGAUGCGAUUUAUGACGAAGUUUAUCGACCCCAAUUGCAUUAUAGCCCGCCUAAAGGAUGGUUAAGCGAUCCGAAUGGCUUGAUUUACGGAAAUGGCAUUUAUCAUAUGUUCCACCAAUGUCAGCCGGAUGAUGCCAACACUAUAAGUGAUAUUCACUGGGGGCAUGCAAUAUCUACUGAUCUGAUUCAUUGGAAAACGCUUGAGCCGGCACUGUAUCCACCAGAUAAAGGAACCGCCUUAUUUUCGGGUGGCGCAAUCUUCGAUUACAAAAAUAUUACUGGGCUCCAAACUAACUCCAAUAUACCGACAUUAAUAUUGAUGCCUGCUCCGGCUGUAUGGAAAACACGUAAACAAAAUGUUUGGUUGGCCUACAGCAAUGAUGCUCCUGAAUACGUCAAAUUUAAAUAUUAUGAGAAAAAUCCAAUAAUUCGCGGACCCCCAGAUACCGAAAUAAUAACAGCUUUCAGAGAUCUGACCGUUUUCAAGCACCAAGAUUAUUACGUUUCAAUUAUAGCAACAUAUAAUCGCAUGCAGUUUUAUCAUUCGCGUAAUUUAUUGAAAUGGGAGCUUGUAAGUGAAUUCGGAGAAUUCGACGGAGCACAUACCGGAAGAUGGGAAUGUCCGUCACUCUUUGAAUUUACCGUCCCACUUGGAAAUGGAAAACAAAUAAAAAAACAUGUCUUACUAGUUACCAUCACUGAUUAUGCACAACCAGCCCAUCAAUACUUCGUAGGCUCUUUUGAUGGUAGAAAAUUCACUAAUGACAAUUCCAAAGAUACAAUAUUAUGGGUGGAGUAUGGACCCGACUGCUUUGCCGAGAUUAUUUAUUACGAUUUGCCAGAUGGUCGAUGUAUUUCAAUGAAUUGGAUGGGUCGAUGGGAAUAUGCGGAGAAUUUGAAUUUCAAGAACUGGAACGGACAAAUGGGCCUUCCCAGAGAAUUGAAAUUGAUAAAAGUGGGCAAUCAAUUUCGACUUACGUCACUGCCUGUUCGUGAGAUAAAUUCAUUGAGAAUAAAUCCAGUUCGCAAGAAGAACAUUAAUAUUAUGAAUGUGUACCAACAUGAAAUCGCCGAUAGUGGAAAGAAGAGACAUCUGGCCGAUAUUGAAAUGACGAUGGAUCUGAAGAAACUCAAAGCAGGCGACACAUUUGAUAUCGUUUUUUCGGGCAAACGGGAUGAAUUGAAGAUUUCUUUAAAAAACAAUGUAUUUUAUUUGGAUCGAUCGCGAUCGGGAAAAAUCGUUUCAAAUUACAGGAAUCCAAAUGUUAAAAAGGGAAAUAUUGAUAAUCCAGAUAUCGAGUUGGCAAAAAUGGACCAUUCUUUCGGAGGUCUGUGGGAAGCGCCCAGAUUAACCAAUAGUACCAAUUUGAAAUUGAGAAUAAUUAUCGACACCAAUGGAAUUGAAAUGUUUGCCGAUGAUGGACUAACAAGUAUGAGCGCUCUUUUCUUCUCCGAAGAUGGCAUUGCAUCAAAGAUGACAAUUCAAGUUCAUUCGGCCACGAAAAAGUCGCUGAUUCAAUUGAAAGAGCUGAAUGUGUAUGAAAUGAAAAGUAUUUGGCACAAUGAAGAAGGUAUUAAGAAGAAAAUUGAACUUUCUGCCCACACCAAAAAGCUAAAAUCAAAGAAAGGUGGUAAAUAAAUUCAAUCAUCGUUUUCGAUAGCAGCAAUGCUAAAUUUUAGAAAAUGUAAAUAACUAGUAACAAAAGUAAAUUCAGCCCCUGAUUGUUUACUAAAUUGUUUGCCUUUCGCGAAUAAAGAAUAUAUGAAUAUAGAAAA